AAGAAGUACCAGACAGUCAACAUGGCGUUCAGUUUUGGCGGCGCCACGAGUAACCCUGCAGCAAGCACUUCCGGGUUUUCAUUUGGUUCAUUUGGUGCCAAAACCACAGCAUCCACAGCAGCAUUUGGCUUUGGAGCUCCAGCCACCACCACCACCGCCGCAUCUGGAUUCGGCACUCUAACAGCCCCUGGUUUUGGUGCAGCCACAACCACUGCUGCUGCACCAGCCACAGGAUUUAGUUUUGGCUCCACCAACACUGGAUUUGGGGGGCUGGGAGCUGGAAACACCACGGCUGGUGCGUUUGGUGGCUUUGGGACAACUACAACAGCUGCCACUGUACCAGGGUCAACGUUUAGCUUCGCUGCUCCCUCCAACACAGCAGGAGGCCUGUUUGGUAACACACAGAACAAAGGGUUUGGGUUCUCCUCGGGGCUUGGUGCUGGGACCGCUGCUGGGACAACAGGAUUUGGAACUGGAUUAGGAACAACUGGCCUGGGUGGGUUUGGAGGCUUUAAUAUCCAGCCAACUCAGCAGCAACCAGGUGGCUUGUUUGGCCAGCAGGCCCAGCAACAGGGUCAGGCUCAGCCCACGCAGCUUUACCAGCAGGUCACAGCUCUGUCAGCUCCCACCUUGUUAGGAGAUGAGCGUGACUCCAUCUUAGCCAAAUGGAACCAGUUGCAGGCUUACUGGGGCACUGGGAAGGGCUACUACAGCAACAACAGCCAACCAGUUGACUUCACACUGGAGAACCCAUUUUGCCGGUUCAAGGCGGUGGGCUACAGCUGCGUCCCACUGAGUAAGGAUGAGGAUGGUUUAGUGGUCCUGCUUCUCAAUAAAAGGGAAGCUGACGUACGAGCUCAGCAGCAGCAGCUGGUGGAGUCCCUCCACAAGGUCCUGGGAAGCAACCAGACACUCACCGUUAAUGUAGACGGUGUCAAAGCCCUGCCCAAUGACCAGACAGAGGUGAUAGUUUACGUGGUGGAGCGUUCCCCUAAUGGCACCUCCAAGCGGAUCCCCGCCACCACACUCUUCAGUUAUCUGGAGCAGGCCAACAUCAAGGUCCAGCUCACUCAGAUCGGAGUGGCCAUGUCUGUCACGCGCACAGAGCUGACCCCAGCACAGCUCAAACAGCUGCUGCAAAAUGCACCUGCAGGUGUGGACCCCAUCAUUUGGGAGCAGGCUAAGGAGGAUAAUCCUGACCCAGAGAAAUUAAUACCAGUGCCCAUGGUGGGUUUUAAGGAGCUGUUUCGCAGACUGCAGAUCCAGGAGCAGAUGACCAAACAGCACCAGACCAGAGUGGAUAUUAUUUCUAGUGACAUCAGUGAGCUGCAGAAGAACCAGGCAACAACAGUGGCCAAGAUCGCCCAGUACAAGAGGAAGCUGAUGGAUCUCUCUCACAGGGUGCUGCAGGUGCUGAUCAAACAGGAGAUUCAGAGAAAAAGUGGUUAUGCAAUCCAAGUGGAUGAAGAGCACCUUAGGGUGCAGCUGGACACCAUUCAGUCUGAACUCAAUGCUCCCACACAGUUCAAGGGUCGGUUGAAUGAACUAAUGUCCCAAAUCCGGAUGCAGAAUCACUUUGGAGCUGUGAGAUCAGAAGAGCGCUACAGUGUUGAUGCAGAUCUUCUCAGGGAAAUCAAACAACACUUGAAACAGCAGCAGGAUGGUUUAAGUCAUUUGAUCAGCGUCAUCAAAGACGACUUGGAAGACAUCAAACUCAUAGAGCACGGGCUGAGUGACAGUGGACACAUGAGAGGAGGCAUCCUGAGCUGAGUCUACUCUACCAACACACACACACACACACGCUCUAUCAAUCCUCUGCCUGUCACCGAGACGAGUCAACUUGACUUUUUUUGUCACAGUGUUGGAGUAAUCUUGAUUAGCUUUGAUCACAGACAGGCGUCUGAAUCUGGAGUACUUGCUUUCUUCAUCACUAUUUUAUCAGGACUGUGCCCCGCUAUCAUUACCAACAAAGCAAUGACGUGUUAAUCCGUGGUUUCUGGACUGAUAUGGAGAGCUUUGUGGAAACAUCGCCUAAAAAUAGCUGGCUUUGUUUACGUUCAAUCAGAUUAUGGAUAUGAGGCUAUGAUUAUGCCUCGCAUGUAAACAAGUUGUGGAACUGAGUGUGUGUUGUGAGUGAUUACAUUGUAUAUAUAACUUUGUAUUUCUUUUUUAUGCUCUUGUUAGAAUGUUAAUAAAUUUCAUUUAAAUUGAAAACAA